AUGACAGCGAGGGAUUCUUUUGUGAAUGUGUGGAAUUUCUAUGGCGUUAGGAUAGGGUCACUGCAAUUACGAUUGCUUUCGACCUCGAAAUGCGCACGCCAGGAGGCGGCCGCGACCGCAGCGAGCGAACCGAGCAAUUCUAUCGAGCAAGUCGUCCGGGAUGCGAAGCAACGAUUUCGUGACACCUUACCCAAGAAUUACCUAAACGAUGAAGAAUAUGCACUCUACGUUCGCUUAUACGGGCCACCGCUUCGAGAGACGGACCCUGAGGAUGUUGGAAUACACAUGCACGCCGAUAUGGGACGCUCGGAACCGCCGGUAAAAUCGCAGCCAGAUAAUGAAGCCACCUUGUUGCGGGAGGUUGAGGGGCGCUACGAGGAAGUGGCAUACCACAUUCCGCCGAAAGAGGCAUCAGGAGAGGACCAAUCCACGAUACAGGCAGAAGAAACUAGUCUGGAGUCUGACGAGACUCGACCAGCUGCGCUAGAAGCUCAAGGAUCAUUGGAAAAGCCCCCCACUUAUGUUGAAUCCGUGGCAAGGAGUCAGAGAGAGCACGAUGCCCUUCAAAAACUGGCUCAGCAAUUCGAAGAAACUCAGAAGGAGCAGCGGGAGGUAGAGGCUCAGACCAUGCAGGACGAAGUUGAGGUGGAAAACUUACAACGGGUGGAGGAAGUAUCAUGGCCUGCCAUGGAGGAGACAGCUGCUGAAGAGGAGGAAUAUGAACAUGGGUCAGCUCGCCAGCGAUACCACCCACUUACCGAAGCAGGCCGCUUUCACGGAACCCCAAUUGAAGUGCUUCUACCUCAGGAGGAGCUUGUGCAGCCCAUUACUGAUCUUCUGAGGAGAACGCAUAUAGACCAUGUGAGGGAGGCUGCAGAGAGCGUUUAUGGCGGACCUGGAUUGCCUCUAUCUCCAGAAAUGGUACUAAGGAGAAGGAGUGGCCACAUGGGGGGUGUCGGGCUUCUGGCAGAUCAGCACCAUAUGACCGAAAUCGAAGCUGAUGCCUUUCUUGCGGGGUUCAUGCCAGCAGCAUAUGCUUCGAUCCUCGCCACGGUCCGAGAGGUUCGCAAGCGUCUGGGCAGCGAUUGGAUCCAGUCGAAGUUGAAGAACAAGGGCGAGGGCCUCAGCGUUCUUGAUGCGGGAGCUGGUGGAGCGGGGCUUCUCGCAUGGGAGCAAGUUCUGAAUGCAGAGUGGAAUUUAUUAAUAGACAAGGGUGAAGUAAGGGGACAUCAACCUCCGGGUCGGAAAACGGUCAUUGCAACUUCGGAGCGUCUUCGAAACCGCUUGAAAACCUUUCUACACGAUACAACCUUUCUGCCUCGCAUGCCUGAUUAUGAGCAUUCGGGUGAAAUGCGCGGCCCUCGCCUUGAGGGAGGCAGCCAGCAACAGCCAAGGAAGAGCUACGAUAUCAUCAUCUCAUCACACUUGUUCCUCCGCGAGAAAGAAAGCCAUCGUCGCCAGGCGAUCCUGAACAACCUGUGGCACCUGCUCAAGAAGGACGGGGGUGUUCUCAUCAUCAUCGAAAAAGCCCACCCGCGAGGAUUCGAGGCUGUUGCCCAUGCGCGGGAUACCAUUCUGAACCAGUUCCUGUUGACGCCUUCUGGUGAAUCUCGGAUCGCUCCAGAGGACUUCAACCCUACGUGGCACCGUGAGCCAGAACCGGGACACGUUAUUGCUCCCUGCACCAAUCAGGGGACUUGCCCCAUGUAUCCCGAGCCCGGCAAGAGUGUCGGUCGCAAAGACUUUUGCCACUUCAGCCAGAGAUUCGUGCGACCCAGCUUUUAUAAUCAGAUGCUAAGGAAGAAGGUUGACAAUCGUGGCGAGGUUGAGUUCAGUUAUGUAGCCGUUCAGCGAGGCGUUUCUCGACAAGGGGCUCUCCCAGGCAAGGAAGCCACUCAACUCGCGAAAAAGGGGUACGAGAAAUCCGAAGAGCAGCCCGAUAUGCAAUCCUUACCUCGCCUGAUCCUACCGGCAAUAAAACGAAAGGGACAUGUGUCGAUGGAUGUGUGCACACCCGCAGGCACGAUCGAACGAUGGACGGUACCCAAGAGCUUCAGUAAGCUGGCGUAUCGCGACGCCAGGAAAUCGAGAUGGGGCGAUCUCUGGGCUCUGGGGGCCAAGUCUCACACAAAGAAAGAAGUCAGGUCAGGUGCUCCAGACGAUGGAGGCAAACGUGCCAGUGCAGAAGUCAGGCAACCUCGGACAACGAGGGUGGACAUGGACGAGGACGGCACUACAGAGACUGUCUUGCAUGAUCGAAAAUCAAAGGGAAGAAAACGGCAGCAAGAUCUGUUGGCAGAGCUAAAACGAAUCCACGCGGAGGGAGAUAGGCUCUUGGGUGAGGAGAUUGAUGCCGAGGUGAUCGGAGAAGACCCGGAGUUGGGAAGGCAUCGUAGGCAAUGA